ACGCCCCUGUUAUUUGUCGCCGGCAGUGGGCACCGAGCCGUCAUCGAGAUUCUUUUACGUGUGGGGGCCGACACUGAGUCAGCGGAUAUGGAUGGUUGCGACAGUACCGCCCUGAACUUGGCUGCAAUGAACGGACACGAGGAAAUUUCGUGGGUUCUUAUUGAAAGUGGCGCCGAUAUGGAGUCUAAGGAUAGAUCGGGCUUAACACCAUUGUCUUGGGCAAUUUCAAAUGGACGCGACCCUGUCGUCCGGCUG